UACUUCUUGUGGAAGGAAGUGUCACUCGGGGAGGACAUGCCUUUUCAUGUGUUCAUGACCUUGUUCCAGCCCCGGGUAAUUGGAAAGGAGUCAAGGGUGUGGUACUACCUCACGCCUUGAGGGGCUCACGCACCCUUUGUGGUGGGACUUCCUUCUUCUAUCAAGGGGUGGAAGGAGUCCUGGUUCUGGGUGCGAGGUAAAUGGCAGGCAGUAGAGGGGACAAAGCCCUGUCAUGCACAGUGCCGACCCAGUACUACAAAGCUCGUGAGUCUCUCAAACUCUGCUUGUCUUUCGAAGUCAGAAUAUGAAUUCGUCUAACUGUUGGGGGUUCCUUUGCAGAUAGUAGUACGAGGUUCGAGCUCAGCAGGGAGGAAUUCGAGGUGAUAGAGGACAUUUACAAGAGGCCUCUGAAGCUUCGCCACUUCGAUCACCUGAUUGAUAGGAGCAGAUACUUUCUGAACUUCGAACUGAUGGCAUCCAGAGAUAAAUUCAAGAAGAGAGAGUACCCAGCUUUAGACAUGACCUCUAUCUUGAAGGCCACGUUUACUGUGAAGGCAAGGCCCCUGAAGCCUGGGUCCAGCGGGGCAAAGGAAGUCCGAGGCAGGGUUGAGCGCCUGUCCAAGGACUGUACUCCCAGGGCUUCGAAGGAGGCAACUCCUUAGAGGCCAGAGAAGCCGAAGGACCCUCGGGGCAAGGAGAAAGUUCCUGAGGAGACUAAGAAGAGGAAGCUGGUGCACAUCUCCAGCUCAGCUGGAAAGUUUGGGACCUCAGUGUCCCAUAGGGCCGAACAGACUGGCGAGCCGAAGCUUCUUGCUGCAGCCUCCAAAGCCAUAAAAAUGGAGAUGGUUAGAGAGGUAGAGGCUGAAGAGGCUAGAACAGAGGCCGCAAGGCAAGCUGUAGAAGCUGCCAAGGAGGAGGCAGUAAAGGAGAAGCCGAUGCGGGAGAAGGGGAAGUCUCCGAGCUUCCUAGUUGGGAGGGAGGAAGCACUGGCCCCAGCCUUGGUGGAGGCUCUCCCUGAAGAAAUCAGAAGUGCCACCGAGAGCUUUUACAAGUUCUGGACGGAGAGGUGGCAACUGCAUGCCUCCUCUUGCAACGCCACCGACUUGACAAAGGCAAUGGUGAGCCAGAGCGUCCGGACCUUUGGCCUCGCGCUCGAAUGCAGGGAGGCCUUGAGCGAAUUUCAGACAAGGACCCAGGCCUCGGAGGGUAAGAUUGCCUCCCUCGCAAAGGAGGUGAAAGCUGCUACGGCCGAGGCCGAAGAAGCCAAGGCCCAGAGAGUUGAAGAGGCGGCGAAGCUUGAGUCUGCUCUGGCCUAGAUUGAGGCCUUAAAGAAGGAAGUGUAUGAGUCACAGUGCGAGGUGGCCUCCUUGACAAAGAAGCUGGAGGUCUCCAAUGAGCACCAAAAGGUGAUUGCUGAGGCCCUUGAGAAGGCGAAUCUCUCCUUGGCCGGUGCUCAAGAUACUUAUCAGUUUCUCGAAGGCCAGGCGAAGUGGUACAUGAAUGAUGCCUCUGUUGCAAGAGAAGAGGCCCGAACUGCAAGGGAGGAGGCAGUGAAGGAAUACAUCGCCAAUUUCCACACUACAGAGGAGUACAAGAGCUUCAGUUCGUACUGGAGGAACUUCGCCUAUGCCGAAGUGCUGGAGCGGGCAGAGGAGCUGUAUCCCAAUUUGGACCUGGCUCAACUUAGGUCCGAAUUUGUAGAUGAGGUACCUCAGACCCCAGCUGAGGAGGUCCAGGGUGAUGAAGAAGUUGAUGCCGAUGCCCCAAGUGCUAAGGUAGAGGAAGCAACUACUGAUGCCCAAGUUGUCGAAGCCCCAAGUGCUGAGGCGCCUCCGUCAUCUAGCCAGGCAUAGACUAGGUUUUACUUUUCAGUAUUUUGGAUGUAAUGGUCAGAGGCCCUCCUUUGUAAUCUUCUUUGAAAUAUCAAUAUAAUGUCUUUCUUCUUUCAUUGUUGUUCUUUGUCCAAGUUUUUAUACCUCGUUAAACAAAUGAACUGGAACUUGAUAGAAGCAUGAACUAAAUAACUUUAGCUUGGUACCUUGGCUCCAAUCAAUCAACUUUGUGAGCGUCGGACUGAAAUAAGCGAACAUAACUUGAGUGACUAAACUGUGCGAACCUCGAAUUUAAGCAAAUUAACAUGACUUUAGGAGAUGAACUGUGUGAGCCUCGGACUCGGACUUAAGCAAAUUAACAUGACUUAAGGAGAUGAAUUGUGUGAGCCUCGGAUUGUAGCGGUUGUGGCUUCUCUCCUCGACAUUCAGCAAGGCCAAAGAGAGGCAUGUGCAAUCGCCUCGGAGUUCAAGCGAGGUGACCCAGAGGUAGGUCCCAAACCUCUCCUCCGAGGUGACGACGCAUCCCAGACAUGGUGGAUG